GAGUUACGUGAAUUUUAACUUCGGUUUAAUGGAGUUUAGUUUUUUUUCCAAAUUGCCCAUUUCUAGUACAAGAUAGGUACAAUAUCGCGUGUAUUGAAUAAAAAAAGAAGAAGCCGUUUUAUGAACACUUAACCUAUCUAUUGAAUUAAUUUCUUAUUAUUGAAUAUUUGGUUCGUUAUAUGUGAUUUCUAAAUGAUAUAAGAUGUUUGGAAGUGUCAAUAAUUUAGAUGAUGAAUUAGAGUUUGAUACAAGAUUCUUUCCUGUUACUACUAGUACACAAAGCUUAGAAAAUGUAAGCGAGAAACGGAAAAAUGAUUUAAUUCAGGAAGAGAAAACAAAAAGGUUCAAAAUUGAUACACCGCAAAAUGUAGGCAAUUCAUUAGUAAAAGUUCAGAGUUCAGAAAAUCAUGGAAAAGAAUCUUUUUCUCCCAGUAGAGUUGCUAAAAGAAUGUUUCCAGGCCCGGCAGGUUUAUUAACUGAUUUGGGUAAUAACUCCGAAUCUACAUGUCACAACACUUCUGAUAAUAUUGAUGAUUUUCUCUUAUGCUCCCAACAAACUGUGUCAACAUUUAUGGACCGACCUUGGACAAUGAUGAAGACAGAUUAUUACAGUCACAGUACAGAGCAGUUGUAUGAUAAAUAUACUAUUAGUUGGAUUAAGAAAAAAUAUUGUGCAAAAAAUGUUUCAUUCAUUUGUAAAGCUCCAUUUUUAGCAGCCGUUAUUCAGAAUUUGGAAACAGUUGAUGCCAAAAUUCCAUCAAUUCACAUUACCUUGAAGGACCCCACAGGUGUGAUAGAUGGUACAAUACUUUACAGUUUCUAUAAGGGCAUUUCAAAACAUUUAACUGUUGGGUCAGUUGUGAUUUUAAAGCAAUUUGGUGUUUUGACUAAUCAGUACGGUCACUGUCUUACAAUAACUGCUAAUAAUUUACUAGUGAUUUAUCACCGCAUAGAAAAUACUACAGACUGUGAUAAGGACAAAAAUGAUCACGUAGAAAAGAUGGUAUUCCAAAAAUGUAGUAUGGAUGAUAUAUUGAAAGAGGCACAUGAUGCUGAAGUUUUACAAAGACAUACUGAUAGUUAUAAACAAAAACCAACAUUUUCUAACUCAAAAACGAAUAAUAUUGAUCACCAUCUGAUGACAAAUACUUCAUUAGUGUCGAAUAAAAAGAAUAAUAGCAAUUUCAUCGUCCCAAAGUUGAACAAAAUCGUCUCAACCAAUAAUUCUAGUUUAUUAAAUCCAAAUGUAUUACAAAAUAUGGAUAUUUGUCAAAAUACUUUAGUCAGUACAGGACCAUCGAAAAAAUUUGUUUUCAAAAAAACUGACCAUAGUGUGAAUCCACCAAUCGAUGCUGAAAAUAUAGUUAUAAGUUGUAGCCAGAUGUCAGUUAAAGCUGAUAAAAAAGACACCGAGAUAUGGAAAAAUGUGUUGGAAAAUGUUGAUACCGAUUCGUUGUUUGGAGAUUUUUGAUUUUUGUUAUUUUAUUUUUAAUGAAUAAAUAUUUUUGUACCAUA